AUGGUGAUAUCACCAAGCCAGACAAUAUCACCUUUUUUGAAGAUGUCAGUUCAUAUUUGGUCAUUUUAUUUUGAAAUAACUCAAAUUGUGAAACGCGAUACCAAUAAUGUUGGUGUGGAUUUAGUUAUGGCAGUGGCUUUUGUGUCGAUCAACAAGAAAAUAUUCAGAUAUAUUGUUUGUGAUAAUCUUUUGGCAUGUUACGUCUCAGAAAUGAAAAAAUAUAUGAUUAAAAUUAAUACUGAAUUGGAUUUGUUCUGGGAAACUAAAGUACGAGAUGUAAUAGAAGUUGUUUCUGAAAAUAUGAUCUAUUCGGAUAAAAUUUUUAUGGCAUAUAUAUUGGAAUAUAAUGAAAGGAUGAUAAAAAGACAGAUAAGUUAUCUGAAUAAAUAUCGAAUUUUUGCUCAGAAUAUUGGUCAGCUUGAUUGA